GCUGGAGGCGGGGCCGCGACCCUGGGGCCGGGGUAGGGCUAGUGCAGUCCCGGCAGGCUGCCGGGGGUUGGGGCAGGGUUCCAGGCCCGCUGCCCCAGUCCGGGUCGCGCCGCGCUCCUGGCUCCGCGGCCCGCGCUGGGAGCGGGCCUUGCGCGCUCGCUUUGCCCCUGGGCGGGCCGGGCGCCCGGGACCCGCACCGCUGGCCGCCUGAGGAGAGCCGCUGGCUUUGGUCGCCGCCAGGAUGUUUGCAGAUGCCUUAAUCAAACUUGGGGACUUCAUUAAAAUGAAAUAAAGAACCACAAUUUAGGUGAAAGAGAUAUUGAGUAGGUGUAAGGAAAUACUCAGCACCAGCAGGUUUAGAACAUUGCCACCCUUUCUAUUAGGAAAGAUCUGGAAACUUUUGGUGGUGCUUUUGUAGCUCCUUGAAUCUAAGAUAUUUCUGUGUCUUGAAGAUAAAGCAGAAAUCUUCUUUGGAGUAGAUGGAUUUUUGUCACUUUCUGUGAACUAAAGCGAUUCAAUGUCUCUUUUGGAUUGUUUCUGUACUUCACGAACACAAGUUGAAUCACUCAGACCUGAAAAACAGUCUGAAACCAGUACCCGUCAAAACUUGGUUGAUGAGCCAGGCCUUUCCUUGUUGCCUCCAUCCAGUAGAGCCAGUGAAGUGAUCUGUUCCACCAACGUUUCUCACUAUGAACUCCAAGUGGAAAUAGGAAGAGGAUUUGACAACUUGACUUCUGUCCAUCUUGCACGGCAUACUCCUACAGGGACACUGGUUACUAUAAAAAUUACAAAUCUGGAAAACUGCACUGAAGAACGCCUGAAAGCUUUACAGAAAGCAGUGAUUCUAUCCCACUUUUUCCGGCAUCCCAAUAUUACAACUUACUGGACUGUUUUCACUGUUGGCAGCUGGCUUUGGGUUAUUUCUCCUUUUAUGGCCUAUGGUUCAGCAAGUCAACUCUUGAGGACUUACUUUCCUGAAGGAAUGAGUGAAACUUUAAUAAGAAACAUUCUCUUUGGAGCAGUGAGAGGGUUGAACUAUCUGCAUCAAAAUGGCUGUAUUCACAGGAGUAUUAAAGCCAGCCAUAUCCUCAUUUCUGGUGAUGGCCUAGUGACCCUCUCUGGCCUGUCCCAUCUGCAUAGUUUGGUUAAGCACGGACAGAGGCACAGGGCUGUAUAUGAUUUCCCACAGUUCAGCACAUCAGUGCAGCCGUGGCUGAGUCCAGAACUACUGAGACAGGAUUUACAUGGAUAUAAUGUAAAGUCAGAUAUUUACAGCGUUGGGAUUACAGCAUGUGAAUUGGCCAGUGGGCAGGUACCUUUCCAGGACAUGCACAGGACUCAGAUGUUGUUACAGAAACUGAAAGGUCCUCCUUAUAGCCCAUUGGAUAUCAGUAUUUUCCCUCAAUCAGAAUCCAGAAUGAAAAAUUCCCGAUCAGGUGUAGACUCUGGGAUUGGAGAAAGUGUACAUGUCUCCAGUGGAACUCACACAGUAAAUAGUGACAGAUUGCAAACACCAUCCUCAAAAACAUUCUCUCCUGCCUUCCUUAGCUUGGUACAGCUCUGUUUGCAACAAGAUCCUGAAAAAAGGCCAUCAGCAAGCAGUUUAUUAUCCCAUGUUUUCUUCAAACAGAUGAAAGAAGAAAGCCAGAGUUCAAUACUUUCACUGUUGCCUCCUGCUUGUCACAAGCCAUCAGUAGCAUCAAUAGCACUGCCUCCAGCAUCACCUUGGACUGAGCCGGAAUGUGAUUUUCCUGAUGAAAAAGAUUCAAACUGGGAAUUCUAGGGCUGCCAAAUCCUAUUAUGUCCUAUGUACUUGACACUUUCUCCCUGCUGCUUUUUCUUCUGUAACACUAGGUACAAAUACCAGAAUUAUACUUGAAAAUACAGUUGGUGCACUGGAGAAUCUAUCAUUUAAAACCACUCUGUUCAAAGGGGCAUGAGUUUAUAGCCCCUUUGGUUAGCUCAGAGUGCUAUUCUAACUCCAGGGAAACUUUGAAAUUAUUAAUUUAACUACAUUUAGUGUCAUCUGUUCUCAAAAUUUUAUCCCAAGCUGUGACUAACUCUUCUUUUUGAGCUUUCAAUAUAAUUUUUGAGCCAGUUAAAUUUUUCAGCAUUUUGCUGCCCUCAGGGGAAUGAGCCCUCAGAGGACAUUGCUUCCAAGUACAUUUUUUACUUCCAGAUUCUCUAGCCUUUUUAAUCAGCUAUUGUUAAACCAACAGGCUAGUUUAUCUUGGCAUCAAACCCUGCUUUGAUAGAUGGGAAAAUGUUUCUACUUUUCCAUUUUCUUCUGUUACUACUUACAGUAAUAUCAAACUGAGCCUCACUCACAUUAAAUGAUUCACUUGAAAUGUAUAGAGAAGUUGUAAUUUGCUUUUUUUUUUAUUUUUAAGGGGCGAAAGUAACACUUUUCUACUUAUGUAAAUUAUCGAUCCUAAAUUCAUGCACCCCGUGGGAGCUCAAUAAAGAUUUACUGAAUUG